AUGACAGACUCAGUUCAAUCUCAUCCAUUAUUAUUAUCAACAAACGAAUCAUCACCUACUUCUAACUCAAAACAUCAUUAUCAUCACAUCUUAUCAACUUCACCAAUCAAUCAACCACAACAAUCAUCAGCAUCAUCACUUCAAUCACUACUACCUUCAUCUUCAUCCUCAAUCUCAUCAUCUUCCUGUUCUUCAAACCUCAAAGCUUCAACUUCAACUUCAGUCUUAACCACUGAUACGACUACUCUUAGUACCAUCAAGAAUAAUGAUCCAUUAACGAACAGCAAUCAAACCUCAUCCUCAAAUCAGUACUUUACUACUUAUCCUACUCGUCGCAAUCACACCAUCUCCACUCCUUCCCGUAAUCGAAAUCUUACGCCAUCGAAUUAUUCAACUUUCUCUCAUUCUUCACUCGACCAAAACUCUCAAUCUUCAACUCCUUUAGCAACUGAUGCAUUACUCUUUCAAUCUCUAAGAGCAGAAGCUCAAUCAUUAGGACUAGAACCUGAUAGUUUAGGUUGGGCGAUUCUAAGGUAUUUAUCUUCUUCAAGUUCUAGACCGAUCCGAUCACUUUUACGUCAAUUAUCAUCUUUCAAUCUACUUUUGAUCUUACCACGUGCUAUCAAUCAUCACUCUGAUACACAAGCUAAUCUCGAUCAGGAAACCAUUUACGAUCAUCUUAUACUCUUAUCUUCUCUUGACCAACUUGGUUCAGCUUGUUGCUUUAGUUCACUCACUGGUUGGAAAGGUUUACUUGAAGGUGAUCGACUGCUAGUCUCAACUCCUGGUAAAUCCCUCAGUACUCUUCAGAACCAAUUCCAUCUUGAUCCAAGCUCAUUGAUCCCUACCAUCAAACCAUCAACCAGCCUCUCUAGCGAAUUAACAGCACCAUCGAGACUACGACUCCCUCUCUACUCACUUUCAUCAUCCUCCUCUCAUACUCUAACUCUUCCCGGUUUACCUUCAACUCGACCACAUUCAAUCAACACCAACACCACCACUCAGAGACUUGCAUCUCUCUUUGGACCUCGCCCUACUCCUUCUCCAUCAAGUCUACCUGAAUCGUCGUCUUCAGAAGUCGAACCAGCUGAUGAACCUAUCCAACUUAAAGUAAGAAUUCUAACAUGCUCAACUCUUACCAGUGAAUUAUUGGAUCAAGCUGUGAGUGAUGCAGUAAGAAAUCGGAUCAGGGAUGGGUUAGGAAGUUUAGAAGAAUCUGUAUUAGAUUCUAUUGAUCAAUUUGUUGAGCGAUUUGCGGUUCAUAAUCAAAGAUCCUCUUUAUUUCUUGCACCCAAGAAUGUGGUUGGAGAUUGCCUUCAAACACUCUAUCAUACCAUUCAAAGUGAAUUGGAAGAAGAGUAUGGUCAUGAUGAAGGAAAUGUGAUAGUAGAUCAUACAUUAGAAUUAGUAGAAGAGACGAUUUGUGUAGAAUUAUAUGAAAGAUUGUUUGAAGAUGAUCAUGAUGAUGAAGGAUUGAGUGAAAAGAUUGCUGGAUUAAAUCUUUUGGAUGUGACUCUAGAGAGAGAGAGAGAGAACAACUGA